AAUUCUAAUAUUGAUCUUUUGUUUGAGGAAGAAGGACUUGAAGAGACUUUAGAAUUUGAUAUCGAAGCAGUGAAUAUUGAUAUGAGGGAUGAAUUAGUAAUGGAAGAAUUCUUUGAUAUGAAUAUAUUCGGACAAUGUUAA